GUCAUUAACUCCCUCAGCCAUGCCGGCCCGCGCGCCGGCUGCUCCUGCCACCACCGCUGGUGGGCCGCCGCGCCGCCUCGCCGUCUCCUCCGCGGCGGCGGCAGCGGCAGCGGCAGCAGCAGCAGCAGCGCGGCAUGGCCGCUUCUCCCCACCGCCUCAGCCUCCUCCUCCUUCUCAGCGCCGCCGCCGCCCCCUUCGGCGCUAAGGACAGUAGUGAGGCAGCAGAUGGAGCUGGCUCCUGGGAUGAAGAAGUCACCAAGUGGUGGGGAGAGUGGAGCUCCUGGUCCACCUGCUCCCGGUCCUGCGGAGGAGGCGUGAUGUCCCGGGAGAGGCACUGCUUGCAACAGAGGCUACAGAUACCCCAGGCAACAAACAGUACCAUAUGUGUUGGUCAAGCCAAGCACUACCAACUGUGUCAGCAGCAGCCCUGCCCAGCCAACACAGCAAGCUUCAAACAGCAGCAGUGCUCCAGUUUCAAUGCCAAAGCCUUUGGGAAGCGUUACUACCACUGGAUGCCUCUCUAUCCAGAUGACUACACCAGUAUCUCCAAUAAGCCAUGUGACCUCCAGUGCACUACCCAAAGUGGAGAGAGGCAGCUGAUGGUCCAAGCACAGGAUGGUACCUCCUGCAAGGACAGGACCUAUCAAGGGGUCUGCAUCAAUGGGAAAUGUGAGCCAGUUGGGUGCGAUGGGAGCCUGUACUCACCCCGGACGAUGGACAGAUGCAGGGUGUGUGGAGGGGACGGCAGCACUUGCCACCGUGUCUCGGGCAGCUUCCGAAAGGCAGUCUCACAGAUAGGUUAUGUGUUCAUCACCAACAUUCCAGCUGGUGCCACAGAUAUCCUUAUCAUUGAGCGCAGGAAAACAGAAAACAUCCUAGCACUUGCAGAUGAAUCUGGACAUUUCUUCUUCAAUGGUAACUCUGCCAUUGACAACCCUCAGAACUUCAGGGUAGCUGGCACAGUCUUCAAGUACCGGCGGCCCUUGAGCCUGAACUCAGAUGGACUGGAGUAUAUCAUAGCUCACGGACCCACUAACCAGUCUCUGAAUGCCAUGUACUACAACUUCAAUGGGAAAAUGCCACACAUAACUUAUGACUACACUGUACCACGGAUACUGCCUCUCCAAACUGCAGCCCCUGAUAUAGACAGACCGCUCUACUACCACCUGCCAGAGACCAGCCAGAACUAUCCCAUUCCAGCUAACUCCAGAGCUGCCCAGGACUUCAACACCACAUGGCUCACUCUGUCGCCAGAUGAUACCAGUGAACAGCUUCCUCUAAGAGAAGAGCAUGAAGAUUUAGGCUUGGGUCACCCACACUUCUUCCAGACCAACUCCACCAGUCAGGCUCAGGACUGGGGCUGGAAGCAAGGUGAAGAGAAGAACUAUGACUUCCAGAUAAGACAAAUAUAUCCCACAAACACAGCAGGAGAGGAUGAGGAAGCAGCAGCAGUUGGUGGAGAAACAGAGUUGGCUCUUAGGUUUAAUCAGAUUUCCAUCAGCACAACUGUACCCUAUAGCAUGAGGAGAUCCAAGCUCCCAGAGAACAGCCACAUAGCAUCCUCCACCCUUCAUCUCUUCAGGCGCCUGUGUCACCGAGACACACACAACACUGCCUUCUGUAGGGAGUUGCAGCACCUGGCCAGGCUGGCCUCAAGAAACUCCACAGCAGGACUAUGGGCCGAGACAGCUGCUCAGUGGCCACAGGGCCUCCACAAAGUGCCAGCUCGUAAGAACUCACUGGAAGACUUGAAGGUGGAUGCAUUUGCUGGGAGUCAGGGGGAAGCAGCCAACUCCAGCAUGAUGGCACCUGUGGAGAGCCCUCUGCUGGGUGCCAGCCCAACCAUGGACAUCAGCCAAGCAGAGCCUUUGCAAGCUCCUGGCACUGAAAGCAAUGAGUUUGAUGUGAGCCCUGUGGGCCAUGAUGACAUAAGCUUGGCUGACAUGUAUCGGUGGAAAGUCUCAGCUUAUGCCCCCUGCAGCUCCACAUGCACUUCAGCAGGUAUCAGUGCCUCUUAUGCGAUGUGUGUCCGGUAUGAUGGAGUGGAAGUGGAUGAAACAUACUGUGAUGCCCUAACCCGACCAGAACCUACUCAUGAAUUUUGCACAGGGAGAGAUUGCCAGCCUAGGUGGGAGACCAGCCGGUGGAGUGAGUGCUCCAGAACCUGCGGUGAGGGCUAUCAGUACCGCACUGUGCGCUGCUGGAAGAUGUUGGCUCCAGGCUUCGACAGCUCUGUUUAUGAUGACCUCUGUGAGUCAGCUGGGCUGGCCAGGCCCAUGGAGAGGAAAGCCUGCCAUAACAAGGCCUGUGGGCCCCAGUGGGAGCUCUCUGAGUGGUCUGAGUGUUCAGCCCGGUGUGGCACUCAGGGGAUGAUGAAGCGGGAGGUGCGCUGCUCGGUGGAAGCGCCCCUCUGUGAUGAGUCCCAGAAGCCCAGCAGCGAGAAGGCUUGCACAGGCCCACCCUGCAACCGUCACUGGACUGCGUCAGAUUGGGGCCCGUGCUCAGGUUCGUGUGGUGAGGGACGCAUGAGCCGCUUCAUCGCAUGUCGCAACCUGGAGGGCAAGAUCAUCUCCGACUCGCAGUGUGACCCAGUCACGAAGCCCCUGGCUGUCCAUCCGUGUGGAGACAAGAACUGCCCUGCACAUUGGGUGGAGCAGGAGUGGGAUCAGGUACCUCCAUUGGAGGGCAGCAGUGACCUACAGAAACUACACUCUUCCACUUCUGGCUCAUAGCUGGGUUACUGUAGACACCUCAGCAGAGCUCUUUGUCCAGAACCUGCACUCACCCAUCUCAAGAGUUUGGUCCUACAUGCUAAAGAGAAAGCCUUAACAAACACAGCUUCAUCUCUGAUAAAUAAUAUUUGAAGAUAAACCUGAACUAUAGUCCACAUCUCUGUCCUGGAAGUCAUGUCCAGGCCAUUGACUGUGUACUUGCCUCAGAACUUUUACUCAGUCUAGUAAAAAUAGUCCAGGGGCCCUGUUCUAAAAAUCAGUCAAUUGGUCUCUGUCGAUCUUCAUUCUUCCCUUCUGUUGCUUAAGGCCUUGAGGCUUUAGGCUUCCUGAUACAAGCUGAUCCAAAUCCCAGCUUACCUAGAAGAGCACAUUGAGUCCAUUUUGGGAUUUGUCUUUAAAGUCCUGAGCAAAACACGGAUUCACAGAGUACUAAGAAAAAAGAUUUCUAGGGAACCAGAGAAGCAAUCAAGUCUUGCCUCUGUUCUCAUUUUGCUAUCAUUUAUAGCUGUUGACUACAUUCAGCUGAGUCUCCCUCCAGCACUGGUAAUGAUCACAAACUAGUUAAACCUGGGGAUCCGUGGCAGUUCUGUAACCCUCUUCAGCUCUGGCCUGUAGUGUGGGUCACAGACAAUACUUCAGUGCAGUUUUUCAGCUGUAUCCAGGUUAUUAAACUCUCUUGAAUCCAAAUUCCCUACCUUUGUAUGUGCCAGGUUCUUUGCCUUUGCUGUGUUCUCCCUCUCAGCUGCUAAGCUCUGAGUUCACAGGAUGACUAAGGGCAGAUACAAGCUAGUUAUGCUGGCCCUGCUGUGGUGAAGAAGGGACAAAGCAGUGAAAUCUGAAACUGGCAAUUGUCUCCAUGGGCAUCAGGAAGCAGAGCUAAGCUAGAAUGAGCUGCUUCUCUUGGUGGUGUCCUGAGAGGGUGAGUCCUCCCAGCUAGGCACAUGUAGCUUUGGGCUCAGUAGUACUUGUCCAUGCAACUUACCUGCACUGUACCAGUUUAGUCCCCUGGGUCCCACACAAAGCUUGUCAGUACUCCAAAAUACAGGUUGCUACAUGAAUAGGCUACAUGUUUUUUGAGAACAUAGAUAUACAUAAAAUAAGACAGAAACAGCAUCUUGUAGUCUUACCUUGGCUACU